AUGAUUGGGGCAAGUGCUGCCGCGCUCUCCAGUGUGGGCAAGACAUAUUGCGCUGCUGGAAACGGUCAAUUCCAGAAGCAGAAGGCAUCACGCCUGUCGUGGGGGCGUGCGGCAGCCGCCAGAAGCAGAGAGCAGCCUCUUGUGCUGCCCAUCAUCUACGAAUUAUUACGCACGUGUGCCGUUGGAACAAAGCGCCAGGAUGGCCUACUGACAUGGGCUGCUUUGGGAAAUAGAUUAGGUGGCUGGACGCGCUUCAUUGUGUCGAUUCCGGGCGCUGUCAACAACAUGCGGCCAUCGCAAUAA